AUGCCUGUAUUAGUCAGCCCAACUGCAGACGAUACUGAGGCUUUAGUUGAUGACCAAGUUGGAUUCAAGCUUGGCAAGUUUUGCGGGAAAUAUCGUCUCCGAUUGCUUGUGGGUCUGCUGAUAUUCCUUGCAAUCGCGGGAAUAGUGUUCGCUGUUGCGUGGAUUCUAACCAGACGUAUGUAUUAUGAAUUAAUGGUAGCUUGUCUGUGUGUGGUAAUGACCGACCUGUCUUAAGCAAAGUUAGCCAGUGUUUAAGAUGCUUAGAAGUCAUGUACUAUAUUCAUACGACAGAGUAUAAUUGCGCUUAAGCCUGCAAUACUCACGCCUGUUUCAGAAUCAAAGUGCUUGCAUGUCAAGUCAGCGAUAUACGAUAGACUUUAAUAAUUUUACAAAUACCUCAGCUCAGCUCAGCUCCGCUCCACUCCGAUAUUCCAAAAACCAAAUACAGAUGGUCUUAAAACUAGACACGGCGCUGUUAAAUAUUAAACUGAGUUGUGCCCCAGACGCGCGAUAUACAUACACGGAGAGAAGCGGACAUUGUUGGGUUUGAAUGAUUAUAGAAAAUCGGACGAGACAGAUACAUGUAGCCAUCGUGAAUUUGUCAGGAUUUGUCUAUCGGAAGCCAAUAUUGUGUCAAAACAUCACAUGCAGAAGUUUAUUCACAUAUCUACAUUUGUUUUAAAAAUUUAUUAGUAUUCACAUCUCUCAUUGCAAACAAUUCUCACGGGCACCCAACGAGAAUAUAGUUCAAAACCACUCAAACAAAGCAUUGUUAAACGUAUUUUAGUAUUUAAAUGGUAGAUAUAGGCAUAUUUUUAUCCCCUAAAAAUUUUACAUCUGUUCGGAUUUCCUAGCUGAAAGUCUAGUGAUCCGAAAAUUAUAGGGAUCAAAACUUACCUUUUCGAAAAUUUCAGCCAGAAAAAAGGCUCCCGAAAAUUCUAGGUGACCUUUUUAGGGUAAAAAUCCGUUAAAAAUGGGCAAUUAUACCAUUUUUCAGAUGUUCGAAAAACUUAGGAGAGGCAAGCAAGUAAAAAAGAAAAAAAAGAAAAAAAAGAAAAAAGGCUCCCGAAAAGUCUAGGUGACCUUUUUAGGGUAAAAAUCCGUUAAAAAUGGGCAAUUAUACCAUUUUUCAGAUGUUCGAAAAACUUAGGAGAGGCAAGCAAGUAAAAAAUUUUACAACAAAUGUUCCGAAAAUUCUAGAUCUCAACUCGUCUUCCGAACAGAUAUUUUCCAAGAAUUGACGUUAGGUGCCCCUGAAUUCUCGUAUAAAUUUUUUCGGUUGAGUUCUGUCUGACGUUUUACGCAAGAUCUAUUCCGGGUUAUUGACGAUCUGUCCCGUCCUUAUUAUUUCACGCAACAGGGCUCAAAAUAUCGGACAGCAGGUCGCCGGUCCUGAUGACCGGCCAAAUAUUUUUUAGCCCGGACAAACCCCAAUUUUGGCCGGUCAAGAUACCAUAAUAUAUAUAUUUUUUUGCCUAAUGGAAUAUCGAAUUACGCUGGCAAUAGAUCGUUGUAGUGCAUUCACGUUCAGCUUUUUGGCAGCAAGUAGGUGAAAAAUUCAUUGACACGUUCUUGAAUUCCUUUCCGCGGUUUUUCCCCGUUUUCAUGUCCGUUAUACCUUGAGUAUCAUCGUACGGCGGUGUCUGAAAUCCCCAAGGUUCGUCCCAUGUCUGCAUAUCGGUAAAACUUGAUCUUUUUCGUUGCCCGGCACGUGAUCGAAAGUCUCCUCUACAAAGAAGAACAACGCUAAAUAUUUUCGGUAAAGAAGUUGAUUUGGGGGAAAUCCGUUACACAAACAGCGUGUUUAUCAUCAGAAGUCAAUAAAUAUACAGCAGAGCUUUCGUUUGGGUGGUCGCGUAACACUUUAUCGGGAAGGGCUUAUUAACGUCAACAGAAAUUUGCAUAAAUCUCCUUACAAGAAUGAGGGAUAGACAACGUUCGUUCUCGAUUAGCUUAAAUUUUUUUAUCAGACUAUUCUGGAAUCGAGUCUGCUAAAAGUUAUUCCCGAAGAAACAGCUGCCGGACGACCUGGUAAGAAUUGCGAUCGAUUUGCCUCUGUGGCUAAUGUUCCUCUUUGCCCACACUGGUUCCUCUGUGCCUACUAUUCAUCUGAAUAAUCACUAAUUGAUCUGUUUCAAUUGCUAUGUGUAAUGAUUAACUAUUUCAGCUCUCGGUAUUUGAGGGACAACCCCCAAGUUCUGCCGAAGUUGAUUUUCACCGUUCCUCUUACAAGUAGAUGUGAAACAUUAGCUGUGUUACAGGACUUAUCUUCCCGAUUUUGAAGAUAUAUGGAAAGUUAAUAAAAGUUCGAUAAAUAUCCGAUCAAUAGGGUUUUAAGGUUCUAGAGCAUUCUAAGUGUUUACCUUUAAAAAUUCAACGUAAUGAAUAGGCAAUUUACUAAUAAGCUUUGCAUGCAGAAACAUGUGCUUUUUGAGAGUGGGACAUCUUGUCUCCAAAUUUGACAUCCCCAGGAAGAUAGUUAUCUUUUAGAUGGACAUUUCUACGUUUUUAGUAAUUGACUUAGCUAGUUAGGGUUUCAGUGUGGCGGGCUCGUUUUUGUUGGCAGAUACAUCCUACGCAUUAUAAUAUAUGUAGACAUAUGGUCAACGACCAAAAUGAAUAGAAUGAAGACACAAGAAGUGCAUCCCUGCAACACCUAAAUCCCAGUAGCUUUAGAAUAAAUUUAAGAAAAUUCUGUCCUACAGUCAUAGGAUGCUAUUAUUGGAAUGAUAUUCCUUUAUCUAUACGUGAAAAAACAACUAAAAAAUUGUUUAAAAGAGCACUUUUCAACCAUUAUCUUGCUCAGUAUUAAUCAUUGCCACACCGACUCUCAAAUGUUACAUUUUUUUUUAUGUGUGUGUGUAUGUGCUUUUCUUUUUUCCUUUCUUUUGAAUCUAAUUUCAUAUAUUUUUCAUAGUUUAUAGGGUUUAUACUUUUCUCUUUUUUCUCUUUUAACCUAAAUAAAACUGUAAUUUAAUCAAAGGGCAAGUAAUUUGUUUAACUAUAUCCUGCCCUCUCCAUUUAUUCUUGUAACCUGAUAUUUAAUUCUACAAAUAGCAUCUUUAAUUCUUCAAUCUUGCAAUACAAUUUAAAUGGCUUGUAAAAAAACAAAUGGAGGAAAAAAUAAACAAUAAACGACCAAAAACAAAUAGCGAGCUGCUAAGGAACUGAAGGAAGAAGGGUGAGAAGUUAUAGAUAGAUAGAGAAAGAGAAGAACAUCAGGAAGAAUGUAGAACCGCCUUGCGAGUAAGUAAAAUAAACCUUGUAAGUUUAACUGGCUGAUUUUGGUGGAGUUCCUCUCCUUCUCGCCGACCCCAUUAGUAAGCGACACUAAAAAGCAUCGUUUACCAGUGGAGAAGCCUUCUUCAUCAGUAGUACACAAAAAUAACCUUUAUCAGAGGUGGACUGAGUUACAAUCAGCAGAGUGCUGAAAAAGAAAGUUUAUCAGAUGGACAAAACUUUUAGCUAUCCUUUAGUUUUCUAACGGAUAACAGAUUAUCUUUAGUGUAUUUUUUCCCAAAGACGGUCACAGUAUUGACUUUAGCACAAGCAGAAAGCACAGUACCACCUGCUGCAUCGUUGCGUCACUCCAGCAGUUCGUUGUUGUUUCGCUUUGUUGCAUUUCAUUACGACAUGACGACAUGAAAUUUAUUGCGGCGUUCUUUUUUUCUUUACAGCCUUUAAUGCGAAGCAGCAAAGAAAAAAAAGCCAAAGAGAAAAGAAGUCACUACAGCAUUAUAGACUGAGCAAAACGCAUUAAGCGACAACUUAUGGAAAAUAUUAUAAAAUGUUCGUAUCCAAAGAUGACCGGUCAAAAUGACCGGCCAGACGAGAGUUUGACCGGUCAAGUCCACGAUCAGGCCGGACAUUGUCCGUUGUUCGGCCGUUAUUUUGAGCCCUGCUGCAAUGCUUUAAGUCCGCUUAGCUAAACUGGAAUUUGGAAUACGCAAUCUGAAAUUGAGGAUCAUGGAGAAAAAUCCGGAAACCUUGCAAAUCUCUCUUAUUGGAGUUAAUUCAAAAUGUGUAGUUAAAUUUAAUAAUGCGCAUUUUUAUUAUUAUCUACAUAGAGGUCAUAGCUAAAAAUGAAACGAAACAAAACUAAGACACGGGGGUGUCUUUACAACAAUCUAAUGCUGUUAAAAUAAAGCGCAAGGUAAAACGGUGCUUAACAUGGCUGUCAAAAGUCAGUUGCCAUGGUAAAAACAGAAGGAAAGCACCAGAUAUUAAAACAUCGACCUAAACCAGACGAGUCAUCGAUAUAUCAGCGGCGUCUUACAAAAUGACUGAAAUGAUCCCGUCGACUUCCGCUCACUUGAUCGAUCGCAGCGAAGAUAUUUAACAUAUUUGAGUUAGUUUGAGUUAUAAAACGGUCAAUAUUGUCGUUUCCAGUUUAUAUCACUAAAAAAAUGUUAAAUCUGUAAUAGACUCAGCUGUAUUGCAUUGAACGACGCGGCAGUAUGGUCUUCCCAAGGAACGCUGGCUUCGGUCGAUGUUAUUAUUUAGUGUCAACACGUCUCGAAAUCCUAUCUAACAGCGACCGAAACCUAACCGCAACUCGGCUGCGGCUACGAAAAAACCGAAAUAAAAUAAAUCCCGAGAGUGCGAAUCCCAUCCCAGUUUUAUUGCUGUCAUUUGAGUCUUAAACAGUAGUUUUCCAGCUUUUCGACUUUCACCUAACUGAAGUUUAAGAAGUUCAUAAUAAAAAAAAAGUUCUACUUCCACAAUCACAUGCCAACAAUUGGCGCCAAAUCUGAGAAUACUCUGUGAAUGACAAUGGCGGGAGCAGAAUCAAGCGAUACACCGUGGUUAUCUCUAUUUUAAGUCGCAUACGAUCCAUAGUCAGGAUAUAUUAACCUUGGAGCUUUAUAUCUUAAAAAGCGUAUGAAAUUGCCACUAUUACCAGUUUUAGGAUAUUUAAUUUAACUGAAACACACAAGAGGAUUUUCCAGCAGUGGCACGUACUUUGUACAAGUGUCCUCCGGCUAAUUUGUAUUUUCCACACGUUUACAGUACAAAAAUCAUGUCUGUCGAGCAUCUGACUCAUCUGGUUUAGGUCGAUGUGAUCUAGUGCUUUCCAAAACAGAAAACAGCCGACAUUUCGCCACGCCACCACUGGUUUCCCCACGAAAUGACGUCUGAGAAACGAGCUGCAGAAAAUUUCUUACGCGGGACGAUCAGUUGAAAGCAGGGCGGAUAAAGGUUGGGCGGUGAAACGAGCGCGUCCGAGCAAAAAGGUGUGAUGCAGUGGACUGGGACUCUGCUUAGAAAUGUCGCUUGUUUUCGACUUCGGUCAGGGCUUGGGAUGUGGUUUGUACAUUAGACACUGCCGCUGUCACUGAAUUAUGGCGGCUUGAUUUGUUUUCUUGCACUUCUUCCUCGUUCCUUUGUGCUGGUACGCUGUCUCCGAGAGGCAAAUGUUGCUAUUUUUUGCGGGAGGGUUAGUUGGAGUACUACAUCUCUUUCAAAGGGUUUCUUUUAUUACUUCCAUGACUCUACCACUGAAUUAUAUUUUCGUUCUGCUACUCGCCAAUAUCGAUGUUAUUCCAAAACAAAAACAACUAAGUACUGUCUAAAACACGAAGGAAAAGCUCAUCCAUGUCAUCCAUGGCAAAACUAAAAGACAGCAGAUCGUGUUUCAUAACUAGAUGACGUGUAUUUUAUAAAUGCGUGCAGCUUGUGCAAGGUGAAAUUAUGCUAAUUUCAAUCACCAUCAUCCUUCCUUUUAAUUUUGAAAAAAACAUCUCAUACGUCUUUCUGUUUCUUCGAAACUUAAAGAUUAGUUUCCCCUCAGUUUUUACUGUUUACCUUGUUUUUCUUUAGAGAGAAAAACGGAGAAAAAGCCUCACAAAUAACCUCAAUAAAUUUUGUUUACAUGCGGUUGUCGGAUUUGCAACACAUUGAGCGAAUCGUCAUGGCGCGUUGCACCCGAGAAACAAAGUUUGAAGAAGUACAACGCCACUAUAUCAAUAUAUAUCAAUCUAAUUUUUUGUUAUGUUAUACAAAAUUUAUCUCUAUGGGAGUGUAAGAAAGAGAAGAAGGGAACGCCUGCUACAAAUGCCGCGUCUUUUGCUCUUCGCCCCUUAUUUCAAUUAUCCGUGCUGUCACUUCAACGACCAAUCAGAAUUAAGUGCACGCUUUUCUGCAUGAAUGACCUCCCGCAGGAAAGCGGUUUCGUAGCUGUAAAACUUGAGAAAAUCUUCGCAACGGAAUGUCGGCACCGCGACUCCCACAAAAAUUUGUAAAAGGGGACGGAAACCCAAUGUAAACGCUAAAAAAAAAAAAAAGAAUAGCAGUUGUAGAUUUUCUGGGGGAGGACGAGCCUCAUUUGAAAAUUUAUUUUCGCCGCCGGGAAGAGUUGAAAGUGCGGGGCUGAUUUUAGCUAAUUGUUGCGGCGCUAUUGGGUUGUGAUUAACCAGAAACGAAAACUUGUCAGAACAGGUCUUGCAGACCUUGUGGUCGCAAAAUUAGAAACGCAGCUCAACUGAACAGUUUCAUCGGGAGAGCUGUACGCAACACGUCGAGAAAGAUUUACAUUGAGAGGCUGUGGAAGAUCGAAGGAAAACACAGCUUCCCACCACUAUCACGCCAGAACGAAACGUCUCGAAUCUGACGGUGAACAGCUGAAAGAAAAAAGUCCUGGAAAGGUUAAUUCUAGAAAGAUCUUGUUUGCAGAAAGCUCGACAGUGAGUGACUCGCCGGACGCAGAAUCGGGAAUUGCUGGUAUUGAAACAUUUUAUACACAGACGCCUGAGCAAGUAACACUUACACUUGCUGGACAAGAUGCCGAUAUUUUGUUGAAUUAUUGUAGUCUAGAAGAUAUUACGGGAAAGCCAAACACUCAGCUUAAGGCACCAGCAUUGAUUUUGAAUCUUAACGAAAAAGUUAUCGUUCGGAAAAUUUUUGACAACACGACGCAGGCUAACUGAAAUCGCCAGUUUGGUUUGCUGAACAAGCUUGUUCUAUUGUCCGAUUAACGCAAUAAGAAUUUGCGGACGCCAGCGUCCGCAGAGGUGAACAAAACGGGGUUACUAUAGCAGGCCUUCCCUUCCUUCUUUCCCCAAUCCCCUCUCCGUUUUUUCCUCCCUUCUUCUUUUCUUUCUUACCCCCACUCCCCGCCCCCCUCCCACCACCUCCUGCUACCCAGGCUAUCAAAAGCACUACCCAGAUCUUUGUAGUGACGCUUCUCAGUAUGGAAUUUUUGCGCUCGUUUCGCAGACGUCAUUUUGCCGUGAAACCAGUGGUUGCGUCGUGAAAUGUGGGCUGUUUUCCCGGGCAUCUUACAGGUCCAAUGCAUGAUUGUUAUGUACUUGGAUGUUUUAAAAUUCCUCCUCACAGUAAUCGUUUUGUUUUCUCUUGUAGCACCAAAAAUUUGCAAGACUGCCCUGUGCUAUGAAAUUUCUAAAGGUUUGUGCUAUUUGUUGCAUUAUUUAUAGAGUAGGUUGAGUUUGAUCGUCUGGGUGAACGUAGUCCUGAAUAGGACUGUUGUUGUUGACAGUGACUGACGUUUCAACAACCUGUGCGGUAGUCAUCUUCAGAGUCAAAGUGAGUUGUAACACGUCAGUUGAUGGUAUCAUACUCUGGUUGUUGAUCUGAUUGGUCAAUUACGUCGCAAUGUUAUUGGUCGUCUGUCAGUUAAGCCGUGAUGUUAUUGGCUAUGAAGACUCGUAAUCAGUAAUUGGUGCGUUGCGAUCCGUCUAUUGUCACAGUUUUAAACAGUCGUCUAUUGUUAGUCAAAUUGUCAGUUCUCUAGUCUUUCUCUCGUAGUUAGUUGUGCUUGAUCUCGUCAAUAAGUCGUUUGUACGGCGCUGGUAACUGUUGGCUACGAUUCAGUGGCGUUUGUUCUAAGUUAGUAAACCAGCGCCGGACUACGUUCACCCGGACGAUCAAACUCAACCUACUUUUGAAAUGACUCCUGGGUUCAAACCUUUCGCAUUCUUUAUAGAGGCAAAUCAUUAUUAAGCCUUAUAUAUAGGUAACAUUUCCUCAUUGUCUCGUAGGCCCCUGAGACGCUCCAGAGUUGCGUUCUCCUUUAAUUUUACCAACGACAAAAAUCCCAGAAAGUAGAAAACAAUCUGCCUUGAUUCGCCUACAGUCUGGGACAAAAAUGUUGAGAAAAAUUGACGUUGCCAUGUCUACUUUCAAGAUAAAGCUCUUGAAAGCACUGGUAGCUACAAAUACUUCCCCGUCCCCCAAAAAACAAUGUUGAAGUCCGGCUGGAUCAUUUCUGAUCCCAUCUAAAGAACUUUGACCAGGGUCGAGUGAGAGGAGGGGCCAUAGCGGUACCAAUCCACGGGAUAGUCGUUCUGUGGGUAAGAAAAGGGAGCUUUAGCAUCGACGACGGCAACAGGAGCAAAAACAUCACUUUUAAAAUGAAUUCCCGUUUUUUCAAUAUUUGUCGCGUUUAUUCCAAUCUGCUGAAAAUGGCAAGUGUAGGCGAAUUUCCCUGGAGUUGAUUUCUUGAGGACCGCACUCAAGUUUAGAGAGAGAAAAAGAGAUUCGUCGUCGCUUGUUUACGUCCUCCAUAAAACUUGCAAUUAGGCAUUUUCACGUCGUAGUCGUGCAAGGACGGUAAAGAAAUGCACAAAAAAGCGUGAUGCACGUGCAAACCAGUUGUUGUUUUGCGUGAUAAACCUAUUGCUUUUUUUACGACCUGUUUGCCGUCGCCGUCGUCGUUGCUAAAGCACCCUAAAGUGAAACAUUCUCAACACUUGUUGUCCAAUAGUUUAGAGUUACUUAGCGCUCAAAACGUCCGCUAUUCACCCAUUUUUAUUGCGGAAACUCACUUUAACAACUUACUUUCGAUAAAACCAAACUGUUGUGUUUCACAUCCCAACCGACGCUGCUCUAUAGUAACUUUCGAAACUAGACCCUUUAUACCCUAUUAGCUAAACCAAUAGCUUAGAAAAGGGGAGGGGGUAGCCUGAGAACGCAGACGUAUUUUCGGCUAAAGCGACGACCGGAAAUAGGUCUGCGUUCGCAGGCUUGGAGUGGGGGGAAAAGUGAAAGCCCUGGGNGUUGAUUUCUUGAGGACCGCACUCAAGUUUAGAGAGAGAAAAAGAGAUUCGUCGUCGCUUGUUUACGUCCUCCAUAAAACUUGCAAUUAGGCAUUUUCACGUCGUAGUCGUGCAAGGACGGUAAAGAAAUGCACAAAAAAGCGUGAUGCACGUGCAAACCAGUUGUUGUUUUGCGUGAUAAACCUAUUGCUUUUUUUACGACCUGUUUGCCGUCGCCGUCGUCGUUGCUAAAGCACCCUAAAGUGAAACAUUCUCAACACUUGUUGUCCAAUAGUUUAGAGUUACUUAGCGCUCAAAACGUCCGCUAUUCACCCAUUUUUAUUGCGGAAACUCACUUUAACAACUUACUUUCGAUAAAACCAAACUGUUGUGUUUCACAUCCCAACCGACGCUGCUCUAUAGUAACUUUCGAAACUAGACCCUUUAUACCCUAUUAGCUAAACCAAUAGCUUAGAAAAGGGGAGGGGGUAGCCUGAGAACGCAGACGUAUUUUCGGCUAAAGCGACGACCGGAAAUAGGUCUGCGUUCGCAGGCUUGGAGUGGGGGGAAAAGUGAAAGCCCUGGGAGCAAGGUUAACGUUCAAAGCGUCUGUGUGACUUUCGCGUUUUGCUAAUUUGAGACUUUUGUUCGUUAUUGAAGAUAUUUCCAAUCAGCUGGACAAAAGUGUGGAUCCAUGUAAUGAUUUUUAUUCCUACACCUGCGGAGGCUUCUUCAAAAGUCACAAGCUUGGAGCUAAUGAAAGCCAUGUUGGUUCUUCUACCAUUAUCUACAACGACAACUUGAAGGUUUUAAGAAGUGCUCUGCAGAAUUCUUCGUUUAACUAUUCCCAGGUUGGUGUGUCACUUUCGUCUUGUUGUUGCUGUGCGAGUGCGCGAGAGCGAGCGCGAGAAAAAAAAGAAAUAGAUUUUCUUCUAUUUUCUCUUUUCCCCACCACCAACCCCUUGCGCUUUCGCUCAAUGAAUCCCCCGCCAUGUUUUUUUCCAUACGUGCAGUCGACAAUCUCUAAAGAGAAAAUAGAGGGUCUGUGAACAGGCUAUAGUCGAUCUCCCGUAAUGAACUAUGACCGAAGUUUUCGGUCAUCGUUUUUAUUUUGAUGCGUUUUCGACCGUCCUUCCUAAUACGCAUAUAUAUGCGUUUUCGUUUUCUAAUCGAUGCGUUUGCGAUGAAAAUGCUCUGCGUAUUAAUGCGGACGGAAGGCCUAAACGCAUCGAAAUAUAUGCGUUUUCAAACGAAAACGCAUUGGUGUGGACAAGGCCUAAGUCUCCUAGAGUUUUUCAUGUAAGGAAAUUUCACGUCGUACUGUAGUCGUGCAGUGACGGCAACGAAAAGAUCAAAAGAGUGUGCCGCUCGUGCAAACCUGGUUUGCUUAUUAAACCUAUUGCUUUUUUGACGUUCUCGUUGCCUUUUGCGUUUCUCUUUGGAACGCUAUGCUGACUAUGAUCUUACCUAAUGUCAUUCUAUUUACUUACAGAGUUUGUCCAUCAAGAAAACAAUCAAGAUCUACAAUUCCUGCCUUAAUACAACUGCCAUUAAUAACCGAGGGAAGGACCCUUUGGUAAAGUUGAUCGAGAAAUACGGAGGAUGGACCGUGACCAACACGAACCGAUCGAACGUUUUACUAGAGGAACUCAUGGGCCGGGUUCUGAGGGAACUAAAUGUUCAAACCUUGCUGAAGGUUGUCGUUGUCACAGAUUUGUAUGAUUCCAACAAACACAUUCUUAACGUAAGUACAAAUAAGGCGCAUUCAGUCAGUUUGAAAACCUUUGAAUAGACUAAAUAAGCAGUAGAAUUUCAUAGUGGUUCAGUAGACUCACUCAAAAACCCCACCGUGGGGCGAGAAAAGAGGGAAGGUUCUCUCUCUCUCCAAUGCCCUCUCCUUUUUUGCUCGCCUCGCCUUGCCAGUUCUAGUCAUUUUUGGAGAAUUGAUACAAUCUUCUGGAUGUUUCAGUAUAGCCCUCUCCCCUCUCAAAUAAGCUCUCUUCUCCAUUUUGCCCCCGCCUCAAACUUGCUUGAAAUAAAUAAGGAAUCUUAAGGGGGGGGGGGGGGGGGGGGGGGGGAAACCGGCCCUUGUCCCCUUCACCUUAACACACCAUUUGGAGGGGGGGGACAAAAACCCCGGGACUUUUUUCUUUCCGGUAGGGGGCGGUGGGCCCGGGUUUCAGGGUGUUUUGAAUUGGUUCCGUUUUUGGUCGAAAUGGGGGGGGGGCAGGAAAAAACGACCAAAGUUGGCUGAAGAGGGGCCACAAUUAGAAGGGGGUGUACAAGAACCCGUGACAUUUUUCGUUACGAGUAGGGGACGUAGGUCCCGGUUUCAUGGUGUAUCUGAUAUGUUCCGUCUUUGGUCUGAAUGGGCGAGAUGACAGAAAAAACGGACUAAAGUGGCUGCAUAGUGCGCCAUUACAUGCCGACGUCCGAUCUCAGCUCGCUGGUUCCUCCGCAAUUCAGCCAUUUGCUGCAAGUGAGAAAAAUUGGCACCCCCGUUAUUUUUAUAAUAGUGGUUUAAUACGGGUCGAAUAAUUCAUUCUUUGAUUGACGGGUUUCACCUCGCAUGAGCAUCCAGCCCUAUCUAGCCCAAAACUCCGAGUCAGUCACUAAAGGUUCAUGAGAUAUCAGCCUGAAAAACUUGAUUGUCCUUGCGGUUUUUAGAUUAUCCCGUCUCAGUUAGGAAUGAGUGCUGGUUACUAUAAAGACAAGUCUGAAAACGUAAAGGUUAGUUUGUUAAUCAGUAACCUCAUUCGCAGUGUCCUUAGUCUUCCUCCCUCACGCAUUACAGGGCUCUCUUUUCUCUCCGUUAAUAACAGAAGACUUGAGCCCUGUAAUGCGUGAGGGAGAGAUUUCAAAGUCUAUAAAUACACUUAUUUCGAUGGUUAAGCAUAUAAUACGUGCGGAUAUUUUGCGAGUUGCGUGGAAAAAUACGAGCAAUGAGCAAAAUGUCUGCUCGUAUUAUAUGCUAAACCAUCGAAUAAGAGGUUUAUUAUUCCAGUACAAAAAAAGUGGUAAUUUGCAAUUGGCUUCUAGUUUUUUGGUAAGAGUAUUCAGAAACAUCCUGAUUCCGUCUGUGACAAUGAUGUUAACAAUGAGCAAAAUCUUUGGGCGUAUUAUAUGCCAAACCAUUAAAUGAGAAGUUAAUUAUUUCAUAGGGUCCAGAGGAGAUGUGUUUGUCGUUAGAACAUCAAAACCCGUCGAAACCCUCUGAAAAAAUGGGUUAUUUUGAUCGCGUUACAAUUUCGUUCCACAUUCUAUAUACCGCAAACCAAGAGACUGAGGGCUUGCAAGAUUGGCUUAUUACAGUAUAAAAUCCCUUUUUUACUCGGCACUUCGGGCGAUGUGCUGUGCGCCAGCGAGGCUAUGGCUUGCGAUUAUUGAUUUUCAAAAUGGCGAACGACAAAGUCGUCAGAUAAGAAGCGAAGAAAUCGUUUACAGUAGAUUCAUAAAGAUCCCAUUGGGCUAAUUAAUCGUGCUAAGCGAUAAGUAUAGACAUUUUUCAAGGCGAGACUUUAAAUAAGUAAUUUAUUUAUUCACACGAAACUCCUCUGGACCCUGUGAUUAUUCUACUGCAAAAAAAAUGUUAUUUUGGCUUCUAUUUUCUUUUAUAUUUUCGUCCGCCAGUUCGUCCAGUUCAGCCAUAGUUGCUCCUUUUGCAUCCGCCGGUAUUCGCCCUGUUGUAAACCGGUUAAACCAGGACACUACAGUGUAUUACGGCCUCGUAUUUUGCGCGUUCUCUUAACCUUAUAUGAUAAAAUGACAUAAUAGUGGAAUAAUAAUAAUAAAUAAUUUAUAAUUUAUAUAGCGCCAUUCAGCUACUCUUUCAUAGCGCUUCACAAUGAUUAUAAAACGUAGAACCUAAAAGCUAAAAAAUACCGAGAUAAAUUAAUUUCAAAGCUAAAAAUAUAAAUACGUGUACAAGAAAUGAAAGUUAAAAAUCUAAAAUCUUAAAAUACUGCGAUAAAUUUACAGAUAAUAAAAAUAUAAAUACGUGUACUAGAAAAAAACGUUAAAAGUCAGAGGCUUGUUUAAAAAGAUAAGUCUUUAAAUGUCUUUUAAAAAUAGCGAUUGAUGGAGAUUUGCGAAUGCUAAGAGGCAAGUUAUUCCAUUGCCUUGGCGCAGCAGUGCUGAACGCCCGAUCUCCAUAAGUCGUUAGUUUAGCUAGUGGCACGGUGAACAGUUUUUGCCCACUGGAACAUAAUGACCGAGAGAACCUUCGAUGACUCAGGAGACUAGAAAUAUAACACGGUACUCUUACGUGGAUUACUAGGCAAAACCACUCAACCGUGACUGUGUGACAAGAGUUGUUUUUCUCAUGAAAAUCCUUCUAAUUUUCGGAAGCCGUUGCAAUCGCUGCUUUAAAGAUAUACGGCUGAAAUUUUAAUAUGGUCUUUUAGUCUUUGCAAUGAAUUGUUUUUGUGUUUACAGAAAGGUGAUGACAUGACCAACUGUUGCAAAAGGCUUAUCAGUGAAAUUAAAUUUUAUCUUGACAGGCGUUUAACUCCAACAAACUACACUUAAAUUUCGUGAAUUUUUCGAUUUUUCAAAAUGUAAAUUUGAGUGACAGAUCCUUAGCCGGGACCAUCAUGUGACAUGAGGAAAAAGCAACAACAAUGACAAACGAAUUUUUGUGAUGUUGCCCUCUUUUACUCACAGAUUCAAAAGGCGUACAAAACCUACAUGAGAAGAAUAGGCAUCUUACUUGGAGGGGAUCCCUCUACCGUGAAAGAUAGAAUGGAUGAGAUAUAUGACCUCGAGAAGAAACUUGCUAAGGUAGGUUUUAAUUGGGUCUGGAAAGAUGGGGUUGUUGUCCUGGUCCCGCAAUCCCGCUUCGUUUUAAUGAGAAUCCCGUAUCCCGAACUUCUGUCGUCGCUUUCCCGAAUAUCGUUUUCUUUUCCAGUCUCGCGUCCGUGUCCAAAUUUUGGCGAAUUCCGCUUUUCGGGUAGAAGACAAAGAAUGUAUCCCGUUCACGUUUCUCGAAUCCCGAACUGUAUUUUGGUCCAAUCCCGGGUCCCAGGAACACCCAGUUCCAUACCUUGUUUUAAUGUCCAAGCUUGUUACCAAAGCCAAACAUUUGAAAAGGUUUUCAACGUCACAAUCUCGUCAACGGAAUGUCAAAAGCUCUGUUUGAAGUUGUGUAGUAAAAGUAAGAGUGAAUUUCAUGCCAAGCUGUUGUUGCAUUCAAAAUAAGCAAGCAUUGAGUCAUUGGCUGUAGCUGACACGCACUUACGUUUUACAAGUCGCAAACCUUUUUGCGGACGUUUAUAACCGCGGCAGCAUUAGCUCCGUCGAUAGAGCCGACAGUUGACUGUAUAACUUCGCAUGGCUCGGAUGAUCACGUAAAAAGGCGGUCCCGUCUCUUAUAGGGAACGUAAAAAGAGUAUCCCCAAUUAGUACUUGCGUGCUGAGCACAUUGACAAUCAAAUAAAUUGUUUUUUCUUUUAACCGGGAAAUGCUCUCCAUGCCGCUGACACGAGCUAUAAUAAAAGUAAAUGUAUUUAAUUCAGCUUUGACUCCUGGAAAAAAAUGUGAAAUCCAACUACACUUCCUCUUCUACUAUUACUGACGCAAAGAAGAAUAGUGCUUGCCUCCUUUCUUUACCCAGGCCUAUGAAGCUGGUACCGUUUCCGACGAUUUGGUAGAGACAGUUCAACAAUAUCAUCGUUCGGGUCGAACAGUAGAUUCUCUGGACAAGACCUUGGACGAUUUUAGUUUUGCAUCAGGUUUCACGGUUAGAAUAUUUAACAAUUAAUGAAUGAGGCUGAGUAUUAUAUAAAGAAUUAUGGAGAUCGAGGAGGGUUUAGGCCAAGGCGGAUAACACCAUCCGAGAUCUCCAUAAUUCUUCAUAUGAUACGAAAGCCGAAUUCAAUAAUUGUUUUAUUAUUCAUUCAAAAUUAUUCCUAGUUUAAAAACAAAGCUAAAACAUGCUUACCUCCAUCGAUGUUAAGUUCACCUUCGAUAGUGAACGUCUAGGGUUGUUCAGCUCCGCAAAUAUUCUCCAAAUAGCAGAUGCCGCCCUUCGACUUGUGUUGUUACUGUUCUUGCCAUGUUUUUAGCUAUAAUUUCGCCUAGUUCUUUCUGUUGAAACGAGUGAAAUGUCCGCCUUUUUUUGUUUUUACAACCAAAACAACUCAACCUCGUCCCCAGGUCUUCUCGGUUAAAGGUGCAUUAACCUGCAAGAACGCUGCAUUUUUGACGUCAUUUCCUCGUUAAACACAAAAUUCUUCCAAAUUUGGUCAUCAGUAACUGGUUAUGGUGAAUUAGGCGUGUGCUUUUAGCCAAUCAGAAUCGGGGAAAUAUUUUGAAUGAAUAAUAAAUUCAUAUUAUGUAUCAGUCAGCUAGUAUUAUGUUAACAUGGUCUUAUCCCUGUUUGGCCAAAUCCCUUUUUGGUGAGAAAUGUAACGACUUCAAAUGUCCCAUCGUUUUAGCAAUAAAAAUAUACAUCGUUUAACCCGCUGUUUGAUAAACAAGUGAGUAGUUUCAAAGUUGUUGAAGAGACACAAAUUCGGCAAGGUUGAUACUGCGUACAAAAAAUGCACGUAAUUCAUCAAUACUAAUGGAGAAGAACAUGAUAGCAGCGUGACUGGUGAAGGCGUCCCAUCCGUGUCAUGUUGACGGCUUGCAAAGUUAUUAUUCUUCAGGAAACUGUACAUGGCACCACCAAUAGGGCUCCAAACGUACUGCAUUUUAAGCAGCACCUCCAGGGCCCAGUUGUUCGAAGACCGAUUAGCGCUUAACCCGGGGUUAAAUUUAACCCUAGUUUCUUUUUCUUGUGCUCAAAAGAAUUUUCUCGGAGAAUUUUAUCUGUUAUCUUUAGAGCUUCGAAUCAUCAACUUGUAGACAAAAAGAAUUAAAACUGAAAUGCUUUUUAAACUUUCAAAUCUGAAUUCAAAUCUCGCACUUACCCUGGGUUAUCUUAACCCACCUUUGAACAACUCGGCCCUGCAGACCACCUUUUGAGAAGGUUGUGGGUUGGGUUAUGGAUAGAAAAACACACUGGACUCGAAGGACCCGUUUAAAUGAAUGCAGUAUGCAAUAUGUUAUCUUGGAAAGUUAAUUUUUCUUUAGUAAACUUUAACUCUUAGUUGGUUCAGCUUAUAGAAGCUGAGCUGAAAUACUCAGUCAUUGUUUUCCAUACUUAAUCUGUGAAGGAAAGACAUUAAAUGAUUCUGUUGAAAGGAAAACAAAGCAUGAGCGUAUUUUGGUCAUUUUUCUACAGCACAUUGUCUCGAAAAAUUGGCCCAAUUUUUUAAAGUUGCAAUCCGUUUCCAUCCUGGCGCCCGUUUCUCGAAGGUCCCAGUAUUUUUUUCGAGCGCAGAAAGCUGUCUUAUGUUUUCCAGGUUUGCAUUGAAGACCAAAGUUGAAAUAAUUUUGAAAAUGAUUAGAUGAAACUAUUAGUUAACGAAGCAAAACUGACUGGUUUGUGAGCUAAAAAAUGGCUACUAUUCAACUAGUUUUGACCGUAAAAUUUGCCUUCGGGCCCGAAAAGUCGACUGGCCUUUCGAGUAACGGGCCAUCGAGAGCUAAAGUCAUACAUUUGUACAAUAUGGUAAAGUAUUGUAGAGUAAAACUGAGCCAUUAUUUCAAGGUUUUCUUUCAUUACAAUGCGUUUUUACAGAUUUAAAGUCUUUAAUACCAAAAAAUCGUGUCAUAGCUCCUUUAAGGAUAGAGAAAGAAACACUGAACUCAAAGGACCCGUUUAAAUGUUUUUUUUUUUUACAUACAACAAUGGCUAAUAAGUCUGGACCAAGAUCUUAGACAUGUCAAGACCUAAGAUUGCUUGUUUUUUUCAUAUUUGCAGGCCCGCUUUAUGCAGAAUUUUCUAAACGCCGCCUUUUCCCUCCAGGGAAAAAAAUUCAGUUCAAACGAGGAGGUUUUUUACCAACACAAAAAGGGAGGUGAAGCACCAAUAUUCAAAAGUAUAUACGACACGUUUAUCUCGUGAGUAUUUUAAUUCUGGCUGGUGUAAAUAAUAACUGUUAGCCUUACACCCCCAUUUGACGCAAAAUUUUCACGCUCUUAGCUAGGCCUAGGCCAAACGUCAAACUUUUCAUGAGACGAACCAAACUCUCAUUUCGGUCGACCUAAAUUCGUCUGUUGGAUCAGACUUCGCACUUAGGAAGCGUCGAACCAAUUAACUGAAUCAGACCAAAAAGCAGUUUUUAGCCGGCCAGUAAUAAAUUUUCUCCCGGACGAGGGUGAAUAUACAUCAUAAUACAAAUUUUUAAUUUAUCAGUUUAGUUCGUCGCAUUUGAAGAUCGACGUUUGUCCCGAGGCAAUCUUCAGACGUUCUAUCCGUCUGAAGCAGACGGAUAGAACGUGUUGGACGAUCUAAAUUCAUUCGGACAAACUUAACUGAUCAAGACGUCGAACUUUUCAUGUACUUAACUCGCUAAGUUUGGUUCGUCUCAUGAAAAGUUCGACGUUUAGCCUAGUCCUUAGAUUCACGUUCAUGGGAAGCGGUAAACGUCAGUUUGUACCACGUGACGAAGUUUUCCGUUUACUUGUAGUUUCCUGUUCGUUAUAUGCAUUGAAAAAUAGAGAGGAGAAGUGUGACGUCAGGUUACCACGGUGGCAAAAUUUCUGGCUCUCAACAGUUUUUCUUGACAGAGAUAGCUAUUUUAAUUGUCGAACGAUGGAAUCAUGAAAGUAUGGGCUACCGUUUUGUUCCUGAGUGCAAUGAAGCACUGGAAAGUCAUACAAGUCAAUUUUUUCGUUUUUUCCGUGCCAUAUUUGCCACGGUUUGUUGAAAGUUUGCUACCAUAGCAACGUGACGUAACGACUUCUCUCUGUUUAGAUUUAUCCAUGUUAUUUUUUUAGGACAGUUUAAAUAUAUCUGCUCAUUUCCUAAUUGUGAACAUAAAUUUGCCGUUUGCCGCUUGUCGUAAACGUGAAUUUAAAAUUCCCUAUUAUUUGAUUUUAGUUACAACAGCCGAAGUUAUAUCGUCAAAAACUACAUAAUGUGGAAAGUUGUUUCCAAUUACGUUCAGUCAAUGCCUGAUAGAUUUGUUAAGGCUAAACUUCAGUUAAACGAAGCUGUGACUGGGAGGCGAGAAUAUCAAAGAUGGUCGGCCUGUAUCCAAGGAUUGAUGUUACCAAUGGAUAUGACAAUAGGGCGGAUGUUUGUUGAUGCACAUUUUGAUGAGAACACUAAAUCGACGGUAAGGUGAAGUUUUCGUUGCGGUUACACUGGGAAUCGCUCGGGAAAAAUAAAACUUGCAAACAUUUUUUCAUUAUGCUUUUCCCCCCCCCCCCCCACCCCAAAAUUUUGCAUAUUAAUUGUUUUCAAUGUCUCUUGGGAGUAAUAAACGACCCUUGAGAAACUGAAAACAAAACGUUUGCCAACUUUAUGGGGGACAAACAGAUUCGUAUGGCGAAUGUGAAAGUCGCAUAUAGGAAGCUUAAGCAACGAUGACGGCGAUGAGGGUGGAAACAUCAGAAAAGCAAUAGGUUGCAAAAGCCAAAAGCUUUGCAGCACGUGAAUGUUUAGCUGCAACGUGCCUAUUGUACUAUAAAGCCUUUUCACAUGACGUCACAUCCAACAUGUUGGUGUCCCAAAACAUUAAGCCGGCGGCCCUGUGGGAGUUGAACUCUUUUCGGAGCUCAGGCAUUAUCCUAUAUGUGACUAGCACUGUAGUCGCUUUGUGGCAGCUUUCGUAAAUCAACGCCUGCGUGUAAUACUUGGCUGAAAAUCCCAAUUUAAUGAGUCCAAAGUUGACUCCAAAUAAAAAAUACCGGUUACUCUGUUAAAAGGUGAUGCUUGACAUACCAAGUCAAUAUAUGCACUAUUGCGUUGUUCUAGUGCGUGAAGUUUAUUGUGUUAUUGUGUAAGGGCUAGGGAUGAUUGUUGUGUUCUUUGUGACGUAAAUCGAGACUUGCUAUUCACUUGGUAUAUGGUGCACCAGCUUCAUUAGACUUUUUAAUUACAUGAAUCAGCGGCGUCUCGUUUUUAAUUUGCAUUUUUUAGGUAAAGGACAUGACCACUCGUGUUCGCAAGUCUUUCAUUAAUAACCUUAAAUCACAAGACUGGAUGGACAAGAAUACAAAAGAUAAGGCUAGAGAAAAGGUACGUGUUACUCCGGCCAUGGGAAGGAGGGGAAGGGACACAUUUCUAGAACGUUUGGUAUGUGUGACAUACUUACUAAAUUCUUUGGCCUAUUUCUGUCCUUUGUCUCCUAGUCCUAAUUCAUGAAUAAGAAGGGAUAGGAGACAAAGAAAAUGGAGAAUCGACUUAGGUUAAAAAGAUUUAAGCUGAAUUAAUUUUGACCAACAGACACGUAAUAUUUUUCUUAAGCAAAUUGUUUUUAAGUUUCCAUUAAUUGCCCAAAGACAGUCUUGGAUUCUGCAUUUCAGGCUUUGGAUUCCAGAUUUCUUGUCAGUGGAACUAAGAUUCCAGAUUUCAAUCGUUAGUGGGAUUUUGGAUUCCUUGGGCUGGAUUGCGGAUCCUAAAGCCUAGGAUUCCGGAUCCCACGAACAAAGAUUUUCCGCAUUCCGCAAUCCAGAUUACAUAUUGACAUGAGGCGAAAAAAUACACAGUAAGAAACGUUUCCUAACACUUUUAACCCUAUCAACACCAGCAACACUGACUAAAACAACUUCCCUCUGUACCAUGACACGACACAGUUUUGCACCGCGUACCAUUCAUGUUGUAUUUUGGUAUUCCAGGCCAAUGCCAUGAAAGAGGAUGUGGGGUACCCCUCUUUCAUCAAAGAUGACAGUAAGCUUGACGCUCUUUACGCAAUGGUGAGCAAAUCCUUUGAUGGUUGUGUUUGUUCUUAUAUAAUGUCCCAAAAGCUAAAUCUUCAUUCUGUCAAAAUUUGAUGUUUCUUUCACAAUCACCAGUUAAAUGUAAGUGAUGAUUUUUUUGACAACACUUUGGCAUUAAACAAGAUGGUGGUCCAGAAAAAUUUGGGAAUGCUUGAUCAACAAGUCGAUAGAGAUAGGUAAGUACCUUUGAAGAUUUAUGGUGUUUCAAUGUUAUACACUAUAUAAAUAUAUCCAGCAAACUUGUAGUUGUUCCAUACUGUCAUUGAUUUUAACAAAUUUUCUCAAGCACUUUUUUUUUGGUCGAGCUUGCUUUAGCAGCGAAAGAUGUCGAGCUUUUCCGGAAACGGUCGGUCCACGAAUUCUAUCGCUUAAAAGCGUUGAUUACUUUGGAACAAGCGAACACUUCAGUGAAAACUUCGGUGGUGAGGCUAUAACCUGGUCGAGUGUUGUAAACUUUCAUUGUUGGCAAAUGAGCCUUGUGAUGAGAAUACGGUUUAUUUUCGGCGAUGAUUGAAAUGACGCGCCAUGUUCAUCACGUUUUUGGCCUCUGGCAAUGAUGUUAUUUCUCUCGAAUUGAUUUUCGUGUAUUUAUACACGCGUACUCAAUCAUCGUCGAAUACGAUUUAAAACUCAAGCAAAUAUCCUGAAGAAUACUCGACCUUCGAUAAAGUAGGAAGUGAAAAACUUUUUGCGAGGAAAUCCUGUUUCGUGUAGAACUAAUCGCCUACUCAUUUCUUAUGAAAUCUCCAAGCAAGCGAGAGUGGCCGCUUUUUUAAGAGCGUUCUUAUUUGUCUCUUUCUUUUUUCCUGUGUGCGCACCAAAAGAGGAAGCAUGGUCCAAGGCGUUCCUAGCGGAGACCGUGGAAACUAGGUAUAAAUAUCGAGACGCGACCUACAACAUAUUUAUAAGAUGCCGUGUUUUUUCGGAACGGGUCGGUCCACGAAUUCUAUCGCUUGAAAGCGUUGAUUACUUUGGAACAAGUGAAUACUUCAGUGGUCGAAAAACGAAGAAUCUUUAUGAGCAAACUUCAGCGAAACUUUGCCCAUGGUGAGGCUAACUGGUCGGGUGUUGUAAACUUUCAUUGUAUGCAAAUGAGUCUUGUGAUAAGCAUGCGGUUUUAUUUCGGCGAUGAUGGAAAUGACGCGCCAUUUUCAUCACGUUUUUGCUCUUUGGCAAUGAUCUAAUUUCUCUCGAAUCGAGGCCCUUGAUUUUCGUGUAUUUGUACACGCGUUCUCAAAUCGUCAAAUACGCUGUAAAAAGUAAAUAUCCUGAAGAUCACUCGACCGUCGAUAAAGUAGGACCUGAAAAACUUUUAGCAAGGAAAUCCUGUUUCGUGUAGAAUGAAUAAGCUCGGCUUAACGCCUUUUUAAAAGCGUUCUUGUUUAUUUUAUCAGUCUGUUUUGUCAAGUGCAAUUUUGUAUUCCACUAAUAGUACCAUCAUAAUUCUAGCUUAGUAAACAAUGAAAACUCGAAGAAUUCUCGUGGUACUGAUUCUUUAAAAGCUUAGGAAGGCACGUAGGAAGAUAGCGUUGUUAAGAAAUUACUUAGUAGCAAGUUACUUAGUAGCAAAAAUCGGCGACAAAAUUGUGGUAGCUUCUGAGAACCAAACAAUCCAUACCCCUUCCCUCUGCCCUCCAUUCAAUGUUUAAGUGUCUGUUGUUUUCUUACAGGUAGCUCGAACAGCGACACAAUAUUGCAUGGAGGGGACGGAGGAGAGAAAGCUUUAUUUUCCCCUUUUAAAGUCGAUAAAACGUCAGAAAGGCCCUUUAGGGGCAAAGUGUCUCAACUAAUUUUGUCGCUGAUUGUUAUUCCUUGGGCUUUUCAUAACCCUUAACUAGAUUGUUACAAAAUUGUCUUGUUUUCCGUUUAGUGUGUAACAUUUGGCAUGCACAUUGUAGGUGGCCAGAUGGUCCCGCACAAGUCAAUGCAUACUACAAUCGGCGACAAAAUCGAAUAGGUAGGUGGGCGUUUCUGUUGUCAUUAAUCAUGUCAAUGACAAUGACAGUGACGAUGACCAUUAAGUGACAAUGACAAUGACAUUGACAAUGACAUUGACAAUGACAAUGAAGUGACAGUGACAACGACAAUGACCAUGACAGUGACGGUAACAAUGACAGUGACAAUUACAAUAACAAUGGCAGUGACAGUGACAAUGAUAAUAACAGUGACAAUUACAGUGAUAAUGACAAUGACAAUGACAGUGACGGUGAUAGUGACAACGACAGUGAGAAUGACAACAAAAAUGACAAUGGUAGUGACCGUGACUUAAAUGACAAUGAUAAUGAUAAUUGAUAAUGCCGUAAACAGACGCUCAUAACCUACCCCACUUAUAAGCACUCCCAGUUAUAGGCCCAUCUCACGACUGUAAACAAGAAAAUACAUCUGAUCAUUAUAAGCCCCCCUCCAAAUGUAUUGAAAUGAAUUCGAUUAUGACGUUUUGAAGCUUAAUAAAAAAAAAAAAAAACAGUAAACGAAAUCCUAUUUUGAUCAGUACUGCUAUAGCUUGUUUUGAAGCGCCGUUUCUAUUCUAGACUGCGAGCAGUCUCUUUUUUUCUUUGCAACUUUACUGCACGCGAAACCCAAGCACGCAAGCGGCGAUCGGUGAAGCCGCAAGCCGCAAUAAACGAGGGCGUGUAACGUAAAGUCUGGUUUGCAAUCGCGCUGGCUGAAAUAAGAACUAGACGGACUUAAAGAGAAAAGGCGGACUACAAACAGUCAAUUUCAAUUCCGGUUAUAUGAGCUCUCGGAUAUAAGCCUCUCCGUUUUUAAGCAUGUUUGUUUGUCUUUAACAGUGUUCUUGGCUGGAAUCUUACAAUCUCCCUUCUACAAAAAGAAUUAUCCAAGGUAGGUAUACUUUGAAGCUGAGGUUAAAUAAAAGUGGUAAAUAGAAUUUAUAAGCACCAAAAAUAAAAAUCACAGCACUCUGGUUGAACUGCGUCGCUUAAAUAUUUGCCAUUUUCGUACAACACUUACGUUUCUGGAUCAAGGACAUAAAGCCGAGCUGGCCUUAUUAGAGGGCAAUUUUGUCUGACCAAUCCGUUCAGUACUCAAAAGCAGGUUUUGCUUGAGAACCCAAAUAAGCGACCCAAAAACGUUUAUAAAUGGCUGUCGAUACAGAAUUAAGCGUACUUUACUAGCUAUAUGGUACUAAUGCUUGCGCCUUGGAUGUAAACAAUGCUUUGUAAGCCAAACUGAAUAGACCCUUUCAUGGUAUUUUCAACUUUUGACUGAGGCCGGUUGGCGAAAAUCCGUCAAAACAGCUGGAAAGAACGUCUUAAAAUCAGUACAGUUGUCAAGUUUCAAAGCUGUUUGUUGAAAACGUACGAAGGUAUAGCUCCGCAAAGUUACGCAAUUUUACAAACGUUUGUUUGGUGGGCGGCAAGUUUCCUCCCAUUCCCCCGCACCACCACCACCACCACCACCACAGUACAAACGUCCGUAAAAUUUCACGACUUUGGGGGCUAUAUCUUCUCUCGCUUUAGACGUAUCGCUUUCAAAGCUUAGUAAGUUUAAUUUACUAAUGUUAAGGCGCACUUUUCAGCGGUGUCAACUGAUUAUAGCCCAAUGAUCACUAUCAAAACCUGAAAUGGUCUAUUUUCACCGUUUCUCUGUAGAUAUUUCAACUAUGGCUCAUUGGGGUUGGUGGUUGGGCAUGAACUUACCCAUGGAUUCGACGCAGGCGGUAAUAAUUUACGUAUCGUCGAAUUAUAUGAAAGCAUUAAAUUACUCGCUAUUAACAAACGUAUCAGCGGGGAAAAAGACAGUCUAACAAGGGCGGUUUCCAUUUGUCAGACUGACCGGCGAGACCAUUCCUGUCGUAAUGAGAAUUUCGCUUUUAAUCAAAACUAUCCGGCUAGAUCAUUCAAAUCGUAAAUAAUAUGCACGAAGGAGAUGGUUUUUCAUCAAAAGCUCUUGGAAAAAGCCUAUUUCAUUGUCAAAAUGACUGGUCCGGCCAUGGUCCUGCCGGCCUGUCCUGACUUCUGGAAACCACCCUUAGUAGUUUGUAAACAUUGGGUCUUAAACUGAUUUGAAACGUUGGCCACUCCAGUAGCGUCUCAACUCUAUUCAAAUAUUUAAUAACCAAAAGCUGUCUGAGUGUGGCGGCCUUACGUCGAUCUGUGUAAUUCUUAAUAUCAUAUUCAGUCUCAUCUCACAAUCGCUGAUUACUAUAACUUAACUUACUUUGAAAUUGAAAGCACAUAGCGCUAAGCACACAUGUUGAGGCAGUUCGUUUCACAAUGUUGGCGUAUGAAUGAAAAAAGGUCGCAAGUUUUCAGAGAAUGAGAAACAAGCCGGACUUAGGAAUGUGAAAGAGCUUUCAGACCUUUCUUAGGGGUCAGGAGAUAGGAGAACUGAGAUUUUAGGGGGUGGCGGUGGGGAGAGAGAGAAAGGAAGUUUCUUAUUGUCGUGUGAAGUGACUGUUACGUUUUGUUUGUUCACUUGUUGGUUUGGCUUGUUUCAGGGCGUCUUUUUGAUAAAGAUGGAAAUUUGAAAGACUGGUGGUCUCCAAGCUCGACAUUGAAUUUCAAUUCUAGAGCCAGUUGUCUUAUUUAUCAAUACAACAGCUAUGAAGUGUUUGGGCACAAUGUAAGUAGUUACUUGUGAUCGCUCUUUUGCCAAAAUCUUUUCACCGCUUGCCCGCGAGGGGUGUCUCGUGGUUACUUGAAUAAUCAGGUCUUUGUUUUCUUUCUGACAGUUAACUGAACCACAUUCACAAUCUGCAUCUAGCUGGAUCUACAACUUUAAUCUAUAAUUGUUUACAUUACAUAGAUAUGGUCAGCUAGAGGUCACAGCAUUGAGAUAGAUAGAUACUUUAUUAUAAACACCAUUGCAGCCAUAGGCUGAAUUACGGGAUAUUUACAAAUACUGAUGAUAACAAAGAGAAAAUAAGAAAAUUAUCUACAUCUUAUAGACAUGGCUAAAAAUAAAACUUUUCUUCAAACGCUCGGUUUUACAUAGGGGGAGAGUGAAAUCACUUUUGCGUCUCAGUGCAUAUUUACAACUCUUCCGUUGGGGGAGGAGGCUAUGGAGACUGUGGGUGGGGUUACAGACGAUCUCGUCAAACAGAUCGAUUGAAAUCUUUUCUCUCCUCUCAUGAAGUUUCGGUAGGCCAACUGUUUCUAGUGCUACACUAUAUGACAGGUCAGGAUAGAUGAUUCUGAAAGCCCUUCUUUGGAUCCGUUCCAAAUCUUCACUGAUGUAGUUUGGUAGAGAACGAUGGAAUACAGGACUUGCGUAUUCCAGGACGGGCCUAAUACAUGUCACAUAGAAUUGCACCAGUUCACUUGGUGCCACUCCGGAUCUCUUGAGUUGACGUAAAAAAUAGAGACGAGAGGAACAUUUUCUAAUUAGUUCAGAGGAGUGCAUGUUCCACUUUAAAUCGUGGCUAAUGGUCACGCCUAGCAAUUUGGCACUGGUGACUAAUUCAAGGGGCUUGCCAUUUAGGACUAGGGGUUCAAAAUCGUGGUUGCUGUUGGAGAAUCCAUUUCGAAGUUCUUUGCACUUGGCCUCAUUCAGUUGAAACCCAUCGAGACUCGCUUGUCUCGAAAGGUCAUCCAGAGCUUCUUGGAGUUUGCUCUCACUACCCUUGGUAACUAUUUCGGAACAAGAUGUAUCAUCCACGUAUUUCCACAUGUCAACUGGUGUGUCCAAGUCAUUAAUCAUGACAAGAAAUAACCAGGGGCCUAGUUUUGUUCCCUUAGGGACACCGGAUGGCACAGAGCACCAUUCAGAGUGACAAUCCUGAGCAAGUUUAAUUCUUUGUUUCCGGUCCAUCAAGAAGUCAACAAUCCAACCUUUGACUUGACUCGGAAUAUCAUAUGUUGUUAGUUUUUGAACAAGAACACUGUGAUCGAUAAGGUAAAAGGCCUUACGGAAAUCAAGUAGGACUACUCUUGCCGUGGCACCAUUUCCGUCGGUGUUAACAAGCCAAUUAUGCGUCAUAUUGACCAAGGCAUGUGUAGUAGACGAUUUGGGAAUAGUUCCAAAUUGUCGAGGGUCGAUUCUUUGUAACACAGCUGGUUUAACGUACUUUUCAACAAUGUGAUCUUCAGCGAGUUUAGACAGGAUAGGCGUAAGGGAAAUCGGACGGAGGUGCUUGUUAAUGUCAUUAAUAGGCCUUUGUUUUGGGACCGGGACAUACUAAAUAGCAAAGUAGAACGGAAUCAGUAUUGAACAAUACACAUGAUUACUAUUUAAAAAGCUGGGUUACUUAUAAAUAAAUUACAAAUAAUUUAAAUAGACUUAAAUGAAACUAAACACCAUCAGAUAUACUCUUGUUGUAACAGAUUAAAUAAUUAAAUUUUUUGCGGCUCGUUUGAAACCAUCAUAUGAUUCAGAUUCAAUCACAGAAUUGCUUAAACUAUUCCAAUCCCUAAUUGUUCUAGCAAAAAACCUAAACUUGUAAGUACUUCCUGAUGAGCAGGGAUUAGGAUUACUGGCGAGUGAUUCUUCCCUUAGAUUCAAUGUGGUUAGGUAUAUUAAGGCAAACUGUGUUGUUUACGGCCUUUCGCUACUACUGCCAACUUCAUAAGAAAAACUAAUGGGAGAAGUAGCCCCGGAGAAUCGCAUUAAAUUACAUUUCUGUAGCUUAAAUUUAAGGUUCCAUUUGGAGGCCCACAAGAAAAAAUUGGUCAAGUCAUUUUUGCAGAUUGACCAAGUCAAUGUGUAUCUCUACAACGCUAUUGUUUCUUUUGACUAUUACAGAUAAACGGUAAACAGACCUUGAAUGAGAACAUAGCUGAUAACGGAGGGAUAAAACUGGCAUAUGACGUAAGCUACGGGAAAAUUAUAGUAAUUAAUAUAUAUAUCUAUUAUUUGUUGCGACUUUCGCGUUCCCCAUAAUUAUUAUUCCAGUUUGUUUUAUCCACAAAAUUGUGCAUCAGUAUUGUUUUGAAUUUCUCUUGCGACUAACAAUCCCCCUUGAGAAAAUGUUUUUGAGAAGAAUUAAGUUUGCGCUCAACUCUCUUAAACGAACACUGUGGGACGUCUUGCAGGGGUAUCCGCCUUAGGAAGAGUAAAAUAGCCUGCGAAUUCAGCCCCCUUUCAUUGCUCCCUGCCGCUGAGGACCUUUUCUUUAGGGGCAGGAACCACUGUAGGUGUCCGUGUUAUGGAGAUGUCCUUCUUAUAGAGAGUUAACUAAUAGGAUUAAAGAAAGGCGGAGACCACUCUAACAGUCCGUAUUUGGGAGGUGUGCGUCUUAUAGAGGAGUAAAGAAAGGCAGUGACCACUCUCAAUGUCCGUUUUAGCGAGUUGUUCGUCCUUCUAUAGAGAGUCAACUAGAAGGAGUAGAGAAAGGCGGGGACCAAUUAUAGGUGUCCGUUAUAUUGAGGUGUCCGUCUUAUAGAUAAUCAACUAAAAGGAGUAAAGAAAGGCAGUGAAAACUCUUAGUGUCCGUUUUAGCGAGUUGUUCGUCCUGUAGAGAGUCAACUAGAAGGAGUAACGAAAGGCAGGGAGCCACUCUAGGUGUCCGUUUUAUCGAGGUGUCCGUCUUAUAGAGAGUCAAAUAAAGGGUGUAACGAAAGGCAGGGACCAAUUCUAGGUGUCUGUUUUACCGAGGUGUCCGUCUAAUAGAGAGUCAAAUAAAGGGAGUAAAGAAAGGCAGGGAGCCACUCUAGGUGUCCGUUUUACCGAGGUGUCUGUCUUAUAGAGAGUCAAAUAAAGGGUGUAAAGAAAGGCAGGGACCAACUCUUGGUGUCCAUUUUACAGAGAUGUCCAUCUUAAACAGAGUCAAAUAAAGGGGAGUAAAGAAAGGCAGGCACCAACUCUAGGUGGCCGCUUUACUGAGGUGUCCGUCUUAUAGAGAGUCAACUAAAAGGGGUAAAGAAGGGCAUGACCACUCAGUGCUAGGUUUAGGAGGGUGUCCGUGGUGUCUUUUAAGAAAGAGUUGGUUGUAUAUUAUCAGUAUAACUGCCUUUGUUCUGUUUCAUGUUGCCUGCCUCUUUUAUACAGGCAUAUAAAUCUUGGGUUUCGGACCAUGAAAAGGAAGGGCAGCUACCGGACUUGAAUUUGAGCGUGGAUCAACUUUUCUUUAUAGGAUUCGCUACGGUAAGUUAUGUACAUAUCGAACACUACUUAGAGACAACUAUGUAUUGUUGCAACAAGGUUUCCUGGGUUUUUUGUACCCGCAAAAUUUGUUACAUAGUCUACAGCCCCUGUAGUGGAAAAAUACUGCUUAUCUGAAAUAACUGCCUGGAUUUCCAAGAAUUAUGUUCGACACAAACUCUUUAUUUUCUAUACAGGCCAAAAGUCCCUAGAUAGUUAGAAGGAGAUUUUUAGGUGUGGUGNUGUUGCCUGCCUCUUUUAUACAGGCAUAUAAAUCUUGGGUUUCGGACCAUGAAAAGGAAGGGCAGCUACCGGACUUGAAUUUGAGCGUGGAUCAACUUUUCUUUAUAGGAUUCGCUACGGUAAGUUAUGUACAUAUCGAACACUACUUAGAGACAACUAUGUAUUGUUGCAACAAGGUUUCCUGGGUUUUUUGUACCCGCAAAAUUUGUUACAUAGUCUACAGCCCCUGUAGUGGAAAAAUACUGCUUAUCUGAAAUAACUGCCUGGAUUUCCAAGAAUUAUGUUCGACACAAACUCUUUAUUUUCUAUACAGGCCAAAAGUCCCUAGAUAGUUAGAAGGAGAUUUUUAGGUGUGGUGUUCAGUCUUGGACAUUGCUCGUACUAUACAUAAUCCCAUAUAUCAGUGUGUAAAAUGUAUCGAUGUAUAAGUAAAGAUGACUUUCAUGACUUGAUAUCCUCACGAAGCAUAUAUAUUUUGUCCAAACUUUGUUAGCCAUGGUGUAGUGUCUACAAAAAGGAUGCGGCUCUCUUUCAACUGAGGACUGACUCACACUCUUAUAAUAAAUACAGGUAAUUACAUCGUUAUUUUAACGAUCUCAGACCAAGUCUUUUUUUACCACUUUAACUGUUUAAUUAAUUUUAUUUCCUUUGGUAAUAUAGUGACAGUACAUCUCUGCGUAACUUUCUCUGGUAGUGAAAGGAUGCAUACCCCUCCCUACCCCCAUUCACCCCACCCCUCUUCCUUUACAAAUGAGACUUACCGGUUGGAAACUCCAGGGAGACCGGGUACAAGCUUUGGGCGCAGCGAUUUCUGGGAUUGUUUGGGUCGACAAGUGUUAGUUAUGAUUGGUCGGUAGUAUUCAAGGCACAGUAACCAAUCAUAUAAUAGUUGAGCCGAAAGCUCGUACCAAUUCCCCAUUUAGUUUCUGGAAUGGGGAAUGUUGCGUUUCCAGCUCGAGGAAAACGGUUUUUUUUUUUCGCAUAAGAUAUCGCGCGGAAGCUCAAGCGUAACUCUUAAUCAUGAAAAUAUAUUUGAUUCAAGUUCUGGUGUUUCGCUGAGUUAAAGUUAAUAAAGCUUCCCACCCUCCUAGUCUUAAAACCCUACUUACCUCUAACCCGCUUUCCUGAUAUCAAAAGCGGGAGAGGGUGGGUGGGGCCAGUGUUUAUAACUUCUUACAAUCUGGCAAUUUGAUCAUCUUGAUCCCUUCUUUUGCAGGGUGAUUGGAUCGCUGUCCAACUUUGAAAGGUUUUCAAAAGCCUUCAGCUGUUCAAGCAGCAAAGAGAUGAACCGCGGCGAAGACAGGUGCGCCGUAUGGUGAUCACAUGAUGAGCUGAUCAUGUGAUGCACGCUUUUAAUCACUUUGUUUCACUUCCGGAACGAGUGUUUUUUCCAUCAGAUAUGUGUUACGUUCAGUUCAACUGAGUUAGAGCUUUUUUUUAUGUAACCAGUUGUUUUGUUAGCGGCGAAUAUUGAAUUUAUUAUAAGCACGCUGUUAAAUUUUGUACUUGUACAAAGUCCAUUUUGAGGUAGAAGAAAAAGUUAAAGCAAAUAUGUUAUAAUAAU